AUGGCAUCAAGAAUCACUUUCUUUUUCCUCACUGCCCUCGUUAUCGCUUGUGCAGUGAUGGUGAGCCUUCCGACAGCGGCAGCUCAGAUUAAUCUUCCUUGCAAAACAGACAAAGAUUGCGAAUACCUUCACUGCUCGAGCGGGACACCUCUAUGUGUAAGGGGACAGUGCACAUGUACCAUUCAGACUCAUCAAGCAAAGCUUCAAAAACUAUAG